CUCAUUUUUAGCUGAUUUUGCAGUUUGUGUGUUUGACUGAAAAUAUUUUUCUUGCAUCAAACAUGACCCCAACUUCCCUUUUGAUUUUUAUUCAGCACUGACAAUAUUCUUCAAGAAAGUGUAAGUUACAGACAUUUAAAAUGGGUCCUAAUGUGUGCUGCAGCCAUCGGAAAUGUUUAGGUAAGAACAGCUAUUUAGUGUGUUGCAACCUUUAGGGCAUAGUCUAAAAAAAUGCAACUUUCUAGAAUUACGAAACACCGAACACGUUGUGAAUGUAAACAAAUAUCUGUCAAAAAUUUACUUCCGUAUCAUAGCUAAUUUUAUACAUAAGGAUGUAAUUGAUAUUGUGAAAUAGUAUGAAAGUCGUAAGAGUUAUAUAUUUUAAACACAAGUCAGAUAAAUUGAAAAUAUGAAGAUUCACAAGGUUGGAAAUAUUGAAAAAGGAGAAGCGAAAGUUGUUAGGAUAGUUCAUAUUUCGGAUACACAUAUGAGACAUGAUCAAUACCAGGAAUCUAUUCCUGACGGUGAUAUUUUGAUUCACUCUGGUGAUUUCUCUGCAUUUUCAGUCGGGCGAUAUUUCGGAAAUAAAGAAAGAGAUAGGGAAAGUGUAAUCAGAGAAAUCAAUUCAUUCUUCCAAAAACUUCAGUUCAAACACAAAGUCUUAGUAGCUGGUAAUCAUGAGCUGAGUUUCAGUGAUAAAAAUAAAGACUUUGUCGAGGAGCAGUUAACUGAAGUAAUUUAUCUGCAGGAUAAAUCUAUAACACUUGAAGGUUUGAAUAUAUAUGGAACACCAUGGUCAGCAAAACGAGCAGUUUCUUAUGCAAGAGGAUUUGCAAAACCACGACAACAUUUGCAUCGCUACUGGGACAAAAUUCCAUCACAGACAGACAUACUUGUAACUCAUAUGCCACCUGAAGGUAUACUAGAUCUAGGAACGAAAACAUGUGCAGGGAUCAGAAAUUUAUUCUCCUCAAAUGACCCAUGUAAUAUAUGUGGAGACAUGCAUGAAAUGAAUGAACACUGGGGAUGCAAAGAGCUUAAAAAGACCAUUUUCAAAAGACUGAGGCCAACCCUACAUCUGUUUGGUCAUGUUCACGAGGGAAAUGGUGUGACUGUGGCUGAUGGAAUAACAUUUUCAAAUGCAGCAAUGAAACUUGAAGAAAAGAUCAACGUUUUUGAUUAUUAUUUGUGAUACUCAUUGAAUUAUUAGUGUUUGUUCUGCCAAAGCUCAUUUAAGGUAAAAAGCGUAAACUGGUGUUGAUUCUAAUACAGUAGAGUGAAAUCACUAUGAUGACAUAAAAUUUAUUUUGCAACACAUAUUUGAUUGAAACUUAGAUAUAAAUACUAGUUUACUAGGAAUUUCUUUACUCGGUAGGAUUGAAGUGUAGAAACAAUCCACAGAAAUCAGUACACCAGUAAUAAUUUCAGAGCAAGCGAAGUAUGGCACUUUUUUGUGCAAAUUACUGCAUAAUGUGUUAGGGGUUUUUUUUGUCAUGUGGAUUGAAUUAGUUUUGGAGAUAUUUUAAUCAGCCUUCACUGUGUUAAUGAAUAGGUUUUUUCAAGAUUAGGAUCCAGUCAAGUUUUGCUAAGCUGUAGUGGUUGUGCUUAGUAGUUGUGGGUUUAAACCCCGAAAGAUCUAUGGACACCAGAAUUUUAAGUAUUAUGUUCGUUUUUAAAACUGGAAUAAAUUGUGCCAGAAUUGAAGAUACUCAUAAGUUUGACCUUCAGUGCUGACCAUGACCUUGGGCUUGCGCAAUUAGAACAUGGGUUCUGCACAAUAUCUAAAUGAAGGGAGCAUUUAAUCCUAGUUUAACAUUUUCCAAUUUGUUAAGCAGAUACGGACAAAAGAAGACUGGGACCAGACAAAGUAGAGAAAACUCAACAACAUAGGAUGUUUCUCAUUGUUUUAAUAUUUGAAGUAAAAGAGACUACAAUGCAUUUUAUACAUCAUGUAUAUAUAAAUGUUUGAUUUCAAUAUGACUUAAAUACAGCAGGCAUGUAAUAGAUACAAGAUUAUACAAGAGAAAUUACAAGCUAUGAAAAAAUCAGAUUUGUUUGGUUUUUUUGCUAUACAGAAGGCACUAUUAUGUCUAAUGCUUGUCUAAAGCAGUAAAUGUUGUAAUCUAAUGUUCGGCUUCUAGCCUCAGUUUGUAACAGAUACAAAAAGUGUUCAUAUUUGAUUACUGGCUUCUACAACAUGGUCUCCAAAGUUCAUAAAUUUAAGUUUGGAGACCAGUCUUGAGCAUUCCAGCAUCUGAUUGGUUGAUUUUAAGCUCAAUCUUGAAA